CGACGGGAUUGGGAGUCGCGGGGAGAAGGAACACGACUUCCGGUUCCGGAACCUGCCGCCGGCUUCCGCGAUGGCGCCUUACCCGGUUGGGCCGCUUCUCAGAUUGCUGUACUCAUUGGCUUUCCCUGCCAUGUUACUAAGUGGAUUUUUAUGUGUCUGUCUGCUCCUGCUCCUGUUUGGUUUACGACUAUGGCUCCAGCAAAGGAAAAAACAACAAAUUCCAUCAGGGCGAGAUGGGAAAAGGCCACUUGUGGUUGCAUUUUUUCAUCCAUACUGCAAUGCAGGGGGAGGAGGCGAAAGAGUAUUGUGGUGUGCUAUAAAAGCACUACAGAAAAAGUACAAAGAUGUGUCCUAUGUUGUCUACACUGGUGAUGCUGGCGUCACAGCUGAAAAUAUCCUUGAAGGUGCUUACAGACGAUUCAACAUCAGAUUAAAUCAACCUGUGAAGUUUGUGUUUUUGAGUAGGCGCUAUCUAGUAGAAGCUUCCCUUUACCCACAUUUUACACUGCUGGGUCAGAGCUUAGGAUCUGUAUUUCUUGGCUGGGAAGCUCUUAUGAACUGUGUUCCCGAUGUCUACAUUGACUCCAUGGGUUAUGCUUUCACACUUCCUCUUUUUAAAUAUUUAGGAGGUUGUCGGAUAGGCUGUUAUGUCCAUUAUCCUACAAUCAGCACUGACAUGCUUUCUGUGGUUAGGAAUCAGAAUGCUCGAUUUAAUAAUGCAGCAAUCAUCACAAGAAAUCCCCUAUUGAGUAAAUUGAAACUCGCAUAUUAUUAUAUUUUUGCUUCUAUAUAUGGCUUAGUUGGUUCUUGCAGUGACAUAGUCAUGGUUAAUUCUUCAUGGACUUUCAAUCACAUCCUUUCCCUUUGGAGGUGCAGUGACCGCACCAGUGUUGUGUAUCCACCUUGUGACGUUCAGACAUUCUUGGAUAUUCCUCUAUGUGAGGAAAAGAGUACUGUAGAGCAAACUAUUGUUUCUGUAAGCCAGUUUAGGCCAGAAAAAGACCAUCGUCUGCAGAUCAGAGCCUUUGCUAAAUUGCUGGAAAAGACUGCAGGGCAGGAGCUGCUGCCCAAACUCAUUCUGAUUGGUGGCUGUCGUAACCAAGAAGAUGAGCAGCGUGUAAAUGGACUUAAAAAGCUCUGCCAAGAGUUGGGCAUUGAAGAAAGGGUAGAAUUCAAAGUUAACAUUCCAUUUGAAGAGCUAAAGCAACAUCUGGCAGAUGCGACCAUUGGACUUCACACCAUGUGGAAUGAACACUUUGGGAUUGGAAUUGUUGAAUGUAUGGCAGCUGGCACAAUUAUCCUUGCUCACAAUUCUGGAGGCCCCAAGCUGGAUAUUGUGGUGCCCUAUGAAGGAAAUAUUACUGGAUUUCUAGCAGAAAAUGAAGACGACUAUGCAGAUACCAUGGCCUAUAUAUUUUCAUUGCCUCCUACGAAAAGGCUAGAAAUCAGACAAACUGCUCGUCAGUCAGUGAAGAGAUUUGCAGAACAAGAAUUUGAGGAAACAUUCCUAUUAUCUGUGGAACAAUUAUUUAAAUAAAAUUU